CUGUUAUUCGAGUAAUAGCUAAAGUUGGCUCGGCAAUCAGCAUGAUUGAACGGUUGGAUUAUUUGAUGGUUAGCAAAGAAAAUAUUUGGACGGUCCCAUAUUCAACAGAUGACUGAUCCAACGUUCAGGAUGGUUCGGUUUUGUUAACACGGGCGUCGGUCUGUAUAAACGGGAGAGGCGUAGGGGAGAAGAAAGCGCGUGUAGGAGUCGCCCCUUUGACAUUUGCAAAAGUCAAAGCACCGAAAAUCAAAAGCGGUUUUUGAGUGUGGGAUUGGAUCGGGAUGCCGAAACCAGAGACCUCAGCUCCCAAAAACCGCUUUUGGAGGACUACCCUUUCCUCUUUAUAUAUACCAUCAGUGCCUAAAGUCAGCGCCCUCUCUGUCUCUCCACCACACCCAUCACCAGCAGCAGCAGCAGCAGCAGCAAGAGGCACAGGCCCCAGAGACAGAUUCAAAGAGAGAGAGAGAGAGAGAGAGAGAGAGAGAGAGUUAGUUUCCAUGGAAGGGUGGGAUCUCGAGGCGGUGGUUAGAGGGUGCGGCAUCCCCAAUCCCUCACCUACUUCAACUACAGAAGAAGAUCCCUUCUCUUUCCUUUCACCCCAUCAGCUGCUCCUCCAGAAGGACGUCGAUGACGAGCAGCAUCUCCUCUGCUUCCCCAAUGCCUUGCUUAUCCAAAAAGCAUCUAUGCAGCAAGAACUGGAGGAUUUAUGCAAGCCCUUCUUCUCAUCCUCUGUUCAAGCCCAUCAGCAACCAUCACCACCACCACCUCCUCCACCUCCUCCUCCUCGUCAAGUCCCUCGAUCCAAAAGAAGGCCGAACCAGCAGAAGAGGGUGGUUUGCCAGGUACCCGCUGAGGGCCUUUCUUCCGACAUGUGGGCAUGGCGCAAGUACGGGCAAAAACCCAUCAAGGGCUCCCCUUAUCCAAGGUGCAGCAGCUCCAAAGGAUGCUUGGCGAGGAAGCAGGUGGAGCGGAGCCGGUCCGAUCCAACCACCUUCAUCAUUACCUACACCGCCGAACACAACCAUCCCAUCCCCACUCACCGCAACUCCCUUGCCGGCAGCACGCGCCCCAAGCACACGGCCGGCCCCACUCAGCAGCCCUCCUCUGUCGCGGAGAGCGAGCCCCCCAACAAGGCCGCUUCCCCUCUUAGUCUGACUGAGGAGCUUCCUCAGCCGCACAAGCAACAGGAAGGUGGACAAGGUGAGGAGGAUCUGCUUGUGUUCCAGAAUGAUUUGGUGAUGGGUGAAGAUGACGUGUUCUUGGACUUGGAAGAGCUCUGGGAGGCCACAGACACCUAUGCCUUUGAUGAUUUCGCCUUCCCCUCUCCUUGGCUUGCCAACAAAGCCGCAACCGCUGCCGGUGGCAGCUAGAUGAUGAAGAAGAAGAUGAUAUUUACCUCUUUUUUUUUUCUAUUUUUUUUUUUUUUUUCUAUUUUGUCCAGAUAGAUAGAUGGAUAGAUAGAUAGAUAGAGAGGGAGGGAGAGCAUCUCUCCUCCAGUUCUCCACAAUACCUUGUUUUUAUAUUUCUUUAUAUAUAUGUAAGAGAAAUAGAAAAUAAACAGAACUCAGAAAGCUCUUCUUUUUGUAGACAGAAAA